AUGGCGACCGCAGAAAAAGAAGAAGAGAUAGACGAGUUUGCGAUGUUCAAGGCUCGAUCACUCGGUGUCGAAUCCGAAUACUUGGAGUUGGCGAGAAGCGGUUUACUGCGAAAAUCCAUCAAAAAAGUUCCGCUAGGCGCAACAAAACGGCGCGAAAACGACGAUGACGAUUAUGAUGACGUCACUCAGAGACAAUAUGGCGGCAACAACAGAAAUGUCGGAAGAGACGACGUUGAAAAUAAUAACUUUUUAGGUUCGGAUAUUGGCGGCUGUGGUGCUGGUCUGCAUAGAGCACACUCGUACAGAGCUAGUAGGAGGAGCCCUAGAGAAGGUCGGCCAGAAGCCAGCGGAGAGAAAGAGGAAGCAGAAGAUGAAGCGACAUCCAGCGGGAAAUUAUCGAGGCAACGAAACAUGACGAUGCCCAGCAGACGGAAGGGGGAGCAGCAACGACCCAAACAGCUACAGCAGCUGCAACAGCUACCACCUGAACCACCAAACGCGUUGAACGAUCGAAGUGUGUUAAGAGUGAGAAACUUCAGUACGAAAGAUGGAAAUAUAAUCAACAGAGGAGAUUCGAUUAAGAUUCGAAAAGUUGGAGAUGGCUUGGCGGGAGCUAGGCCGAGAAGUUGUCGUGCUGGUAGCAGCAUCAUAUCGCCACUCGCAAGAGAUCAAUCGAAGCAUUUUUUUGAAAACAACAGCAUAAACAUCAACAACAAUCUAAUGAACAACAAUCGAAGCGGAAGUCUUCGAGGAGUACACAACAACAACAGCAGCAACGUCAACAACAACAUCCACAACAACAUCAGUAACGGUAGCAUCAACAAAUCUUCCUUGAAGUUAAAAACAACAGCAGCAGCAGCAGCAACGAAUAAGAACAACCGAAAACUUUACAGCAACUCCGCGAGUCAUCUAGCCAUCACUGAAUUCAACUACGACAACAACAACGACGAUGAUGACGAUAUCAACGACUCAAGCAACAACAUCAACAAACGAAACAAACUACCACUGAAAAACUCGAAAUUCAGCAGACAGUUUCAGUCCCAAGACGACGACCACGCCGGCAAACGCGUCAGCGGCAAGUAUCAGCAACAGCAGCAGUCACACCAACAACAAUAUCAACAACAAAACAACAACAUUCAAGCAACAACGUCAUUAUCUGCUUCAACGCUCACAACCAAACAGCGUCACAUCAACAACAUCAACAACAACAACAAUCAUACUCAACACCAAACCACGGACCAGCUAAACGACAACGUUUGUGAGGAUGGUGGCCACGUCACCUACCACAACGGACACCACCAGGAAAAUGAUGGUGGCGUCAACAACGACGACGAUGACGACCACAACAACAUUUUGCUGCAAAACGACGUAACGAUAAAUCGCAGUCACGAUGAAGACGAUGUUGUGGUUUACAAGGUCGUCGUCAUGGGCAUGACCGGGGUAGGGAAGACGACCUUGACCCACCAAAUGUUGACCUCUGAAUACUUGGCCAAUAAUGAAAACAACGACAUGGGCAUACAUACACACAAAUACCCUAAAUACAAAAAUACGAACGUUGUAAAAUGA